AUGGAUCAGCAACCUAAGAUUGAGGCUGAUUUUCUUGACCCAACAUUACUCUUAGAUGAGACACAUUACCAGGAGGGGUAUAAAAAUGGCUAUAAUGAUGGUUUGGCAUCUGGAAAGGAAGAGGGAAGGCAGGUUGGUUUAAAGAUGGGUUUCCAAGCUGGUGAAGAACUGGGAUUCUUUCAGGGCUGUCUGGAUGUGUGGACGUCUGCAAUUCUCAUUGAUCAGAACGCCUUCUCAGCUCGGGUCAGGAAGAAUAUUGAGCAGCUAGCUGCACUGGUGGGCAGCUACCCGCUGUCUGAUCCAGAGAAUGAACAAAUUCAAGACGUGAUGGAGAAGAUAAGGUUGAAAUUCAGGGUCAUCACUGCAAGCUUAGGGGUGAAGUUAGAGUAUGAAGGUCACCCCACAUCAUCAAAGCAGGAUGUUGAGGAUCUGUGA